AAAUUAAGUGUGACGAUGCAUCCCGAACAGCAAAGACUAAUACAGAUUUUUGUUGCGUCAUUAGCUAUGGAUCCAAGCCAUUUUCCUAAAAUUGGUACUUACUCUGACGCCCUACUUAGAGCUCUGAAGCAAUUUUUCAGAGGAGAAGCCGAGUCCCAGCAAAAUGACUUUAGAAAUGCGUUAAGUAUCUACAUUAAAGGAAUAGACAUGAAUUGUAAAGAUGACGGACUGAACGUCAAUCUUUACAGUCAAAGGGCAGACCUGCAUUGUUUUCCGGGUAAUUCAUGUGAAGACCACAAGGGUAAAAAUCGCGCAGAAGAAUUGGGACAAGAUUUCUUCAUAGAACUAUUUGACCAGAAUGAACAACAAUUGGUGCAAGACAUGAGUCUGAGCGCUUCACGACAACUAGAUUUUGACGACGACGCUUUAAGAGAAAUAGCACAAGAGAAUGAAGAGAAAGGAGAUGCUGAGUACAAAAAAAAUGAAUUUAGUAAUGCCGCCGUUUUCUACACCAAAGGAAUUGAAGUGAGCUGCAAAGACGUCGCACUGAACGCUGUUCUUUACAAGAAAAGGGCAGCCUCUCACUUCUUUCUGGGUAAUUCUCCUGAAGCACACAGGAAUCUAAACAUUGCAACAGAAAUCUUGCUGGCUAAUGUCACAGCAACAGAAAAAGGAGAUGCUGAGUGUAAGGAAAAUGAAUCUGGAAAUCCGUUAAGUUUCUUCACUGAAGAGGUUGAUAUAAACUGCAAAGAUGACGAACUGAACGCCAUUUUUUACACCAGAAGGGCGGCCUCUCAUUUUUCAAUGGGUAAUUUUCAUGACGCAGUCAAGGACGCGAAACGUGCAAGAGCAUUCCACUAUUGUUAUCGAGGUGUAAGAACAUUCCAGAAAUCUCCCAUACAAGCUAUUGUUACAGGUAAAUAAACGUUCCGUGUCAGCUUUGUCUUGUUACGUGCCUAGAAAGUGCAGGAAGCCAAGAAAACCACGAUGCAGUAACGCACCUAUCAAUGUAAAUCCCGCGCCGGGUUGGGGGGGGCAAUGCGGGAAAGAGGCGGGGAUUUGAUGCCUAGGACGAUCGCUCCAUUCGGGCUUUUUCUCGUGCGAUGCGGCUACAGGGUCGGAGCUAUAACUGUAGUUAUAAUCCAUCAAAUAUUUUCGCUCGCGUUAUUGGUCUAAACGCUUCACGUGAGUGAUUAUGCCCCAGCUAAAACUGGGAAAUAUCCGACUAAUAUCCCCCAAUUUUCAAAACUGUACGUGUUGGAAAGAAUAAUAAACACAAAAGUGGGAGAAAAACAAACUCAAAAAAUGGCUUCGGACCCCGGUUAGAAUUUUAGGAAUACUUGUCUCCGAAGAGGUGAAAGGAAAUAUCGAAUGGAAUUUCAAUCGUAAACUAAGGAAGCUGCAAACAAAACUUGAUAUGUGGAGAGCGAGAGAUCUUACAUUGUUUGGUAGAGUAAUGAUACUAAAAUCCCUUGGUUUGUCAAAACUAAUUUACUCAUCCUCGAUCCUCAACAUUCCUGAAGGUUUCGCACACUUAGUGAAAACAAAAUUAUUUAAAUUUUUUUGGAAAAACAAAAGAGAGAAAAUUAAAAGAUCCGGACGGUAUCAGGACCUGGACAAAGGCGGAUUACGCAUAAUAGAUAUAAAGAUCAUGUUUAAGGCUCUUAAGCUAGCAUGGAUUCCUAGACUCCUGUCUCCCGGAAGGCAAAAUUGGAAAACAAUCCCAGACUAUUAUUUACGCAAAUUAGGAGGACUAAAUUUCUUAUUAAGGUGUAAUUACGAUCCAGAACACCUUAACACUUUGCCCUCGUUCUAUCAAAGUAUUUUAAAGUAUUUCAACGAAUUGAAAAAUCUUUAUGAUUUCGAUCAAGCACAGGAUUUAAUUCUGUCUAAUAAUAAAGAGAUACUUGUAGAUGGUAAAACAUUUUUUUUAAGGGACUGGUUUAACAAGGGCAUUUUAUCCAUCCAAGACCUUCUUGACGACGCCGGCCAUAUAUUGUCGUAUCAGGAAUUUAACAACAAAUACUCGUGCAAAUCAAACUUUCUUCAAUACUAUCAGGUCAUACGUGCUAUUCCAAAGGAUCUACUAAACAAAGCAAAACUCAGUGAUCCAACCAGGAAGGAAUUAUAUUUCACUGAAAACUUUACCAUCCAAUUAAAUGAAUCCACACAACUUGUUUCAAAUAAGGCCAAAACCUGCGACUGUUACAAACUAUUAAAUGUGAAGACCCAUACAGCUGAACAUACACGUCCUAAAAGAUGGAACGAAAAUCUAUCCACCAUGCAUAUGAAUGAAGACUCCUGGAAAAAAAGCAUUUACCUCCAUCAAAAAUCUAUGCAAAGAAACCAAGUUAAAAGAAUUUCAGUUUAAGCUGAUUCACCGCAU